CUUGAGCUUGACCAUCAACACAUCCGCAUCUGAGACAAGACAGUCGAUUUAAUAUUCCUACCGAGGGCAGACAUUAAUAUGUCAGAAAAGAAGAAGGCAAGCCACGAAGUUGGGCUCCGCUUUUUUGGGUUUCUUAGGGAAACCGAUCGAGCAGCCAUUCGAGCUCGAGCCGAACUGAAGGACAUUUAUAACAACGAGUUCAAAGCAGCGAACGAGACCAAAGUUCCAAACUUCAGCAGUGUCCUGUUUGCCUUGAAAAUGUCGAAGAAAAUUCAAGUGGGUCGCGAUUAUAUUUUCGUCAGGUCCAGGGCGAGAGCGCUUCUUGUAGACCAGUGGUACACACCCAACAGGCCGAGACAGCAGGAGGCCUCGAAUGGAGCAGCCCGUCCAUCUCCAGCUUCAGCUCCAUCUUCAAGUCAGCCUGCCAUGUCUGCAGAUGAACAAAACAAGAGAUUUGCCCAGCUCCUUGUGGAACAACUCAAUACAAACAGGCUUCACUACAUUGCGGAUAAAAACGGCAUUGUCAUCACAUCAAACCAUCACUUCAAUGACGGAUCAAUUUGUAUCGAAUUACAAAAAUCGGAGUGUGUGGUGAAACUAACUGUAGAAAACACUGGAACCGAAACUGUGGAUUUUAUCUACUACACCGUGUUGCACAAACUCGCUUGCUUCUCACUCUGUGAUGAGCACAAAGUGACCAGAAAAAACCCACUUGCACUCAAACCAGGUGACACCUAUGAAAUCCAGGUUCUCUUCCAGAUGAAGUGUGCCGGCAACUACCCAGCGACGUUGGCAUUCGAAUUCCAACAAGACUGGGAAUCGUCCCAAUCGUCAUUCCACAUUGUGCGUUAUAUUCAGGUUCACUAUGUGAGCACUCUGGGAAUGGAGCUGAAGCCGGUGGCACCUUUCAAACGCUCCCUUCCUAGCCGUUCGGCUGUGUUGGAAUGCAAGAUCCUGCACGGGCAACCACCUGAAGGCAUGUCAGAGAAUAAACUAAAAAAUGAAACUCCACUUGGCCUCUACCCAAUGCCAGAACACAUGCCCGUCCUAAUCCAGUCUCUGAAGAAUCGCACUCACUCUGCUAAAAGAGAUUUGCUGGAACGCAGUUUGACUUUUGAGAACUACGCCGCCAAGUUCCAUCUGAUGUUGUAUCUGGAGGAGCAUCAGAUGCAGGUGGACAUCAGGCGAUACUUCAUACCCAACAGUGACAUGACGUACGCCACCAUGGAGCGAGACGGGAAGCUGUUGAUUCUGAAGAUCCCUGGUCUGUCUGAGAACCGCCCUUCUGUGCUGCGAGGGGAUAGACUGAUAGUUUACCCCCAAGAAGAAACUACUGUAAAGUACUGUGGUUACGUCCACAAAGUAGAAAGGGACUGGGUCAAACUGGGAUUUCACUCAAAGUUGUUGGAUCAAUUUAUCGACGGCAUGAAGUUCAGCGUGGAGUUCGUAAUCAACCGUCUCAUGCUACGUGUGCAGCACAGAGCGGUGGACCUUGCAAUCAAAUCCGGACUCGGAGAAGUGUUAUUCCCGCAGAGGAAGCGCAACUUAAAGGUUCCUGAACUCCCCGCACUCAAAUUAUACGACAGAAAGUUGGAGGAUAACCCCGAGCAGUAUAAAGCGGUGUGUCAUAUCGUAGCUGGCACCUCCAAACCUGCUCCGUACCUGGUGUUUGGACCACCCGGCACUGGUAAAACUGUCACUUUGGUGGAGGCCGUCAAGCAGAUCGUGAAGACCCAGCCGCAUUGCCGCGUUUUAGCCUGCGCUCCCUCCAACAGUGCGACUGAUCUCCUCUGCCUGAGGAUUUCAGAACAUGUGGAUAAGCGUUAUUUGUACCGCAUGUACGCUUGCAGCCGUGAUCCACAAUGCGUCCCCAAGGAACUCAAGGCAUGUUGUAACCUGAACGGGGAGAUUUACAUUUUUCCUCCCAAAGAGGACCUGAUGAAGUAUAGAGUCAUUGUCACCACUCUGAUCACCGCCGGAAGGCUGGUCUCAGGAAACCUCCCCAUCGGUCAUUUCACUCACUUUUUUGUGGAUGAGGCCGGACACGCCAUGGAGCCCGAAUGUUUGAUUCCACUGGCUGGGUUGCUGGAUCCAAAGACCGGGCAGGUGGUCCUAGCUGGAGACCACAAGCAGCUUGGACCGAUUGUCUCAUCGCCCCUCGCUCAAGGAUUUGGAAUGGACAUUUCCCUCUUGGAAAGACUGAUGAAAGAUGUUCCUCUGUAUCAGAAGCAGGAUGAUGUGUUCGACAACAACUUUGUCACCAAAUUGCUGCGUAAUUACAGGUCCCACCCGGCCAUUUUGAAAAUUCCCAACGAGCUCUUCUACGAUGGAGAGCUCCAGGCCUGCGCCGAUGAAAUUAAACGCAGCUACUUCUGCAAAUGGGAACACCUGAAACAAAUGGACUUCCCGGUGAUUUUCCACGGGGUGACAGGCCUCGAUGAACGAGAGGCCAACAGCCCGUCGUACUUCAACAGAGCGGAGGUGGAUGUGGUGAUGUACUACGUGAAAGAAGUACUGCAGACCAGCGGCAAAAAGGGCAUGGCCCUCAUCUCUCCCAAAGACAUCGGCAUCAUCGCCCCCUACAGGAAACAAGUGCAGAAAAUCCGUCAGGCCCUGGAUAAAAUUGAGAAAGAUUUCAAAUUAAAGGACAUGGCAUCCCUGAAGGUUGGUUCCGUGGAGGAGUUCCAAGGUCAGGAGAAGAGAGUGAUUUUGGUGUCGGCGGUGCGGAGCAAUCGCAAAUACACCGAAUACGACAAAAAGUUCAACAUCGGCUUUGUCGCCAAUGCGAAGAGGUUCAAUGUGGCCGUGACGCGAGCCAAAGCCCUUCUGAUUUUGAUCGGAAACCCGUUUGUGCUCCAUGCCGAUCCGGUAUGGAAGCGCUUCAUAGAGUACUGUAGAGACGCAGGGGGCUACGAGAACUAUUAUCUCGAGGAAGAUGGUGAGGUCAAGGCAAGGCUCUCAGCUCUCUUCCAGAAGCUUGACCUCAAAGGCAGAGCUACAAUAUGAAAAAAGCAAAAAGGGGUGAGUCUGUGUACAUUUUCUCAUCAGAGAAUAUAAUUGUUUUGUGGCAGUUUUUAAACUGGUCUUAAACCUGGGGGACCUGUUAUGCUCAUUUUUUGACCCUUUUUUUUAUUAUUGAAGGUGUGGACUCCUAUAGAGCAGCUACACACAAUAACCCCGCACGGAAAACUGCACCUAUUCCAGCUGUAUUUCCUUUUAGAUUUGUGCUUCCGGCCAAAACGGUCUGUUUUCAUUUAUUGUUACAGAACUAUGAACCAUUAUAAGGAGGUCUGUCUCUCUGUGACAUCACAAAGGGGCAGUUUUACCACGCCUCUUGAAACUAAGUGUUUUGAGCCAUCUCAAAACGUCUUUUAGGGCUCACUUCCGAAUGCGCAAACCUGAUUAUGUGAAACUUUGGCAUUUUUUUAAACACCAGGAUACAACAUUCUAACUAUAUUUAUAGGUCAGAAAAGUGGAAAAAUAAAAAUAGGUCCCGUUUUAAGAUUCUGAUCAGGUCUUUAUAGUAUACAGCGACACCAUGAUGCAUGCGUACUGCACGUUCGUGAGGGUGAGAUAUUCUAAAUCAAGGGUCGGGAACCUUUUUGGCUAAGAGAGCCAUGAAGACCAGAUAUUUUAAAAUGUGUAUCUGUGAGAGCCAUAUACAUUUUUUUAAACAUUGAAUGCAAUAAAAUGUGUGCAUUUUUAUGUAAGACCAACAGUUUUAGAUAUAAUGGGCUCUAAUUACGUAGACCAGGCACACUACCCCACGCUAAUGGGGUGUGGCCAGCACACUUUCGUGAGCAGCGCAGUGUCUAAUAAUAAAUCUAAUACUUGCUGCCAUUAAUGCAACUUCUGCUGCUGCAUGGUUUUGCACCAUACUCCGUACACAUAUUUCAUUCUUUUGGCCAUCUUCGUCAGAAGGCGUAGUUCUGCAGCUUUAGCUAGGUGACUAUUUGACUAAAGGAGGAAAGUUUAUAUUUACAUCUUAAUGACCGAGGUAGACUACCGCAUUACCCAGUAAUAAUCAAGUUUUGGUGUUUGACCUGGAAAAUAUCAUCAGGAAAGAUAGAUAUGGUUGGCCGUAUUGCAGUAGAAAAGAGAUGGACGGAUUAACCCUUGUAUUAUGUUACGGGUCAAUUUGACCCGUUUCAGUUUUUGUGUUGACCAAAGUACUGGUUAUCCUUUCUUUUUCUUCAUGAAAUUUUGUGACUUUUCCUCAUCUAGGGUCAU